AUGAUGAGGAUUGAAUCUCUCUGGAAAGAUAAGAGGAAGCAUCAGUUAGCGAAGAGUUUGGCGGAGUUUCUGGUGAAGCAUGACUUCUCGUGGCAGAUCUCGUCUAGUAGUCGUCCAACUGAUGAUUUACAGGUCCAACUGCCACCUGUUCUUUACAACGUCGAAAAAAGGAAACAACAACUGGAAAGGAAGGAACAGAAAGAAGAUGAUCAGAGCAAACCUCAACAUUAUAGAACACCAUUGUUCGUAGCAGCCAGCACUGGGAUUGAAGAGAUCGUGGAGUUGUUCCUUAAAGAGCAUCCAAUGUCUAUAAAUUACAUGGGUAAAGAAGGCCAUAAUAUACUACAAAUAGCCGUUAGGCACCGUCAAUUGAAAAUCUUCAAACUGCUCAGGAAAAAUCCAUUAUUUUCUUCCCUUGGCUAUCGAAUAUCUGUUGCAAAUUGCACCGCGUUGCACGAAGUUGCCCGAAUGAACUAUUACAGAGGAUCAUCCCAACCUGGUGCAGCAUUCAAACUACAAGAUGAACUCAAGUGGUACAGACGAGUGGAAAAGGUUGUUCCCAGUCAUCUACAUUUGCAUUCUGACAAUCAGUUACUAACAGCGAAAGAUGUUCUGGAGAUGGAGCACCAUGACAUGCUUGAACAAGCCCGACAAUGGAUAAAGCAAACAGCCGAGUCUUGCUCCACCGUGGCCGUUCUUGUGGCGACGGUGGUCUUUGCGGCGGCCUACACGAUUCCGGGAGGGAGUGAGGCUGGCACGCCGGUGCUUCUCAGUUCACCGAUUUUCAUCUUCUUCACUGUCAUGGACGUUGUGGCACUUGCCUUCUCUUUGGCUUCUGUGGUCAUGUUUCUUUCCAUCAUCACAUCACCAUUUGAGCUCUGGAAUUUCCACAAGUCUCUCCCCCGUAAACUGAAUACAGGGUUUACUUUCCUGUUCUUGGCUUUGACCUCCACCAUGCUUGCGUUUUCUGCAACUAUUUUGCUCACAAUUAAGUUGCUGUGGAAGAAAUGGACUUCGACUUUGGUGUACAGUGCCGCGUUCUUUCCUGUCACCAUAUUUGGAUUGAUUGAGUUCCCACUUUAUAGCAAGAUUCCAAUCUUGAUCCAUAAGGAGCAGGAAAGAGACACUACAAAUGGGGUGAAUAAUUUAAUUUGGAUGCAAAUAAAGGAGGGAGAAGCGUGCGGAGAAGAAGCAAUUUGUAGAAGGGAUAGCGCCACGUGGCCUGAACAACUCGGUCCCCAUGCCGGCUCCAGCGGCUUUUUGACUUUCCCUCCCUCAGACCGGCCCCCAUUCGCCGUAUGA